AUGUCGUCGCAUCGUGAGCCUGGUCUUGGACCUCAAUCUCAACCCCCGUCCGCCUCCGACGCCUACUUCGCCCACUCCACAGCCAAGCGCGUCAAUACCGAUGCCGUCAUUGCGGCUGCCCUCACACGCCAGUAUCCCGACCUGCACCUAUCCAUCGUCCCCCGCGUCUCGGUCGACCUGCUCGCCUACGCCGCUGCCGGCCACGCCCGCGCCACGCCCCUUGCCGACGACAACCUCACCGACGCCACAGCCACUGCCGCAGCCCAGACUGCUGAGAGCAAUGUCGGUGGCGGUAGCGCCUCCCUCCCCACCUCACUUGCUUGGGAUGUCUACGUGCCCCCCGCGCGGCGUCUAGAUGGCUCUCCCGGCGCCGUGGCCCGCGCCUUGCUUUUCGGAAAGUUUGCCUAUCACUGGCGCGGGCUCGACUUCAUCCUGUACAUCGCCGAUGGCCGUGAUGGUGGCUCGUCCUAUCCGCAGGUCACCAACCUGUACCUGAUGAGCCCCCGUGACCCGUCGUCUCCCUCUCCCAAUGGCGACGCCCACGUCCACGCUCUCAUCCUUGCCGCCGGCCAGUGGGCAAGCGAGCUCCACGAUGAGAUUUGGGUAUUUGACGGCGGCCGCUGGCUGAAGGACGCCAAUCUCUAUCGUAGCGUGCGUCGAGCCUCUUGGGACGCCGUGAUUCUCGACCCGGACAUGAAAAAGGCCCUGAUUGAGGAUCAUCUGUCCUUUUUCAAUGGUCGCGAGACGUAUGAGCAACUGCGUGUUCCCUGGAAGCGCGGUGUCAUCUACUACGGCCCACCCGGCAACGGCAAGACCAUAUCCAUCAAGGCCAUGAUGAACACGCUCUACAGUCUUGACAAGCCUGUCCCUACUCUCUACGUCAGAACGCUGGCAUCUUUUGCCGGACCCGAGUACUCUAUCCAGCUCAUUUUCCGCAAGGCGCGCCAGUAUGCUCCUUGCUAUCUCGUCUUCGAGGAUCUAGACUCGAUUGUUUCCGACGGUGUGCGGAGUUAUUUCCUCAACGAGGUUGACGGCCUCCAAAGCAACGAUGGCAUAUUCAUGAUUGGCAGCACCAAUCACCUCGACCGCCUAGACCCUGGUAUUGCGGCAAGUCUCACCCCAUCUAUCUCCAAGCCACCCGGUGCACUACUGCGCAGUGCAACCAUCGUCGCUCAAAAACGCCCCUCGCGCUUCGACCGCAAGUACUUGUUUCCCAACCCGAGCUUCGACGAGCGCGUCGCCUAUGCCCGCUUCUGGCAGGGCAAGCUCGCGCCCAAUCCCGACAUCGAGUUCCCCGACGAGCUGUGCGCAGCCAUCGCACGCAUCACCGACGACUUCAGCUUCGCGUACAUGCAGGAAGCAUUUGUCGCCGCCCUGCUGGCUAUUGCGCGGGACCACACAGGCGGAGCUGACGGGGACGGGAAGGGACAGCAGCAGAACAAGGACCGCGAGGAGUAUGACGGCAAACGGCGGCCGGGCGCCAAGCGCAUGGCGAUGCCGUCGACCGUAGACGGACCCGAUGACUGGGUCGAGAUUUCGGACCGGUCCCUCAAGUCACCAGCCACGAGACAAGGAAGGUCCGAUCUGGACAAGUUGAUCCUUUGGGUCGAGAUUCAGAAGCAGGUCAAGAUCCUUCGCGAAGGCAUGGAAGAUGAGAAGCGCGGCGGUAACUGA